GGGAGGCGUCAAGAUGGCGGCGUCAGUUGAGCUGGACCUGCAGCCUCUUCACCUGGAGCAGCUACCUACUGACCCGCUGCUGCUCAUCCUUAGCCUUCUGGAUUAUAGGGACCUCAUGAGCUGCUGUUGUGUAAGUCGUAGAUUAAGUCAAAUUUCUAGUCAUGAUCCGUUGUGGAGGAGGCAUUGUGAGAAAUACUGGCUUAUGUCUGAAAAGGAGAAAUCUCAAAGAAAUAAGAGUUGGAAGGCAAUAUUUAUGGAUAUCUAUUCUGAUUUAGGAAGGUAUAUUCAGUAUUAUGCUACACUUAAAAAAGCAUGGAAUGAUUUGGAGAAGUAUUUAGCACAGCGCUGUCCUCGGAUGAUUGGUUCUUUGAAAGAUAGUGUGCAGGAGGAAGACCUGGCUGCUGUAGAAGCACAAAUUGGUUGCAAACUCCCUGAUGACUAUCGAUGUUCAUUUCGAAUCCAUAAUGGACAGAAGCUAGUAGUUCCAGGGUUGAUGGGAAGCAUGGCACUUUCCAAUCAUUAUCGCUCUGAAGAUUUGUUGGACAUUGAUACAGCAGCUGGUGGUUUUCAGCAGCGGCUUGGACUGAAACAAUGCCUCCCCUUAACUUUUUGCAUUCAUACUGGAUUGAGCCAAUACAUGGCUUUGGAAAGCGUGGAGGGUCGCAAUAGUUAUGAGAUCUUCUACCAGUGUCCAGAUCAAAUGGCCCGAAACCCCUCUGCAAUUGAUAUGUUUAUUACAGGUAGUUCUUAUUUGGAAUGGUUCACCUCCUAUGUAAACAAUGUAGUAACUGGAGGCUAUCCCAUCAUCAGGGACCAGAUUUUCAGAUAUGUCCAUGAUAAGGAUUGUGUAGCAAGAACAGGAGACAUUACUGUUUCAGUCUCAACAUCAUUUCUACCUGAACUCAGUUCUAUACAUCCACCUCAUUAUUUCUUCACUUACAGAAUCAGGAUUGAAAUGUCCAAAGAUGCACGUCCAGAGAAGGCUUGUCAGCUGGAUAGUAGAUACUGGAGAAUAACUAAUGCCAAAGGUGAUGUGGAGGAGGUUCAGGGCCCAGGAGUUGUAGGAGAAUUUCCAAUAAUAAGCCCUGGUCGAGUUUAUGAAUAUACUAGCUGUACAACAUUUGCCACUACAUCAGGGUACAUGGAAGGAUACUAUACAUUCCAUUGUCUCUACUACAAAGACAAGUUUUUUAAUGUUGCCAUUCCUAGAUUUCAUAUGGUUUGCCCAACAUUCAAGGUAUCCACAGCACGCAUGGAAACCAAUCAUAAUGAAUGUGUUAUGGAUGAACAUGAAGACUCAACAGACACAGAUGAAUAUGAAGACAGGCAUAGAAUUCUGGACAUUCCUGCUCCUUCUGGACGUUGCCCAUGGCACACCUGAUCAAACUUUCCAAAGACUGUUGGCCACUGAAAGUGGAUUCCAUGGGGGAAUAACUUGCACAAAUAUUUCUGAAUAUUAUAAAUAAUAAGCAGUGGAGCAAUUAACAUGAAUGCUGGUUCCAGUUCUGUCUUGCAUCUUACCAGAUAUAAAAACAGAUACAUUUUUAAUCUGAUAUUUUUGAGAGAGAAUUUGUGGGGUGUAGACAAAUGUGGGAAGUCAGUAAUGUGGUAAGGUUUGUUCUUUCAGACAAUUUAAAUUUGGAGGUUCUCAUACAUUUAAAUUUUAUUUAAAAUCAGAAUGGUGUUGAUGUUUUUUUUUCUCACAAGCAGUUUAACAGUGAUGGCAAAAUGGGGAAAAGGCAUGCCAUUUUACAAUCAUUUUAUACUGCUCAUCUAUACUGCUACAAAUGAAUGGAAAUCUUGCAGUUGAAUUUAUGUAAUAAUUGGGUGAUUUUGUACAUUUUAAUAUUAACAUACCACUAGCUAGGUAAUUCAGAUGUGUUUGAAAUGGAACUGAUAUUUUUUUAAAAUUCUGCAUUUGGUCUCUGAUCAUAUUAUAGGCGUUAGGAAAGCGAGAAGUGUAUUACCUACUACAUUUUCUCAUUUAUUAUAUAAUAUAAAUAUGUAAAUAGUUUGAUUCCCCCCCCCCCACAUGCCAUUUAACUAUUAUGAUACAAUUUUCAGUAUAGAUGUCUUUUCGUGAACACUACAUGGAUUUUUAUAAUUUUUAUAAUUGUUUGGCUGAAAAUAGGGAGAGAACUCAAUACUAGUUACAGCUAAAAUAUGUGCUUUAAUGAUAUAUAAUGCAAAAGGUGGGUUAUAGUGUAAUGUAACAACUGUAUAAUUUUAAAGUAGAGAGAAAAGAUAUGAUAAAAGAGAAGCAGUGGAGACGCAUAUGGUUAAACAGUAAUGACAGAACUGGUUCCUUGAAGAUGAUACAGGAAAAUCUAAUAGAUCUGUGAGCUUGGAUUUUGAUAAGUUUUAAACAAUGACUUGCAAUUAUGGGUGAGCUGGGGUAUUAGUCUAUCACUUUACUAUGUACUGAGUAAACUGUUUAUUAAGUAAAUACUGCUAAAAGUAA